UGCAGAGCGGUGCGGAGCGCACCAGUACGAAGCUAGGGCUUGGAGGCGCAGGGCACGGAGCGGGCUGCGGUCCGGUUGGGGGCUCGGGGCGUGCGGGUCCGGGCCAAGCACCGGUGGGUGCAGCGCGCGGGGAGCAGGCGCGGCCGGCGAGGCGGAGGGGCAGGGCGGGGCGGAGCUGCAUUGGCCAGGCGCGGGGAGCGGAUUGCGCCCGGCCUCUCCUCCCGCCAGCUGCGCUCAUCCUCCUUAAGGAGAACUUGGCUGACGGCGGGGCUCGCUCGUCAUGGAUGUUCCAGGUCCGCUGGCGCUUUUCUUGUGAGGACGAUCCUGGCCUUCGCCAUCAGAGCAGGGGACCCAGGCCAGAGGAGGCUGUCCCCGGCCCCGCACGUUGCUCGGCCGCCCGCGUUCCUCCCGCCGCCUCUGCCGCUGUCCCGAGCGCGCCGCCCCCCCAAGCCCGGAUGAUGGCGCCUGGCCGGGGCCCCCGCGGGCCGCCGCUGACCAUGCCCGGGCUCCGGGGGGCGCUGCGCCAGCCGACCGGCUGCGGCUCCUGCCUCGGGGCGGCGCUGGCCCUGCUGCUGCUGCUGCUGCCCGCCGGCUGCCCGGUUGGGGCACAGAACGACACGGAACCCAUCGUGCUGGAGGGCAAGUGCCUGGUGGUGUGCGACUCCAGCCCGUCGGCGGACGGGGCUGUCACCUCCUCGCUCGGCAUCUCCGUGCGCUCCGGCAGCGCCAAAGUGGCCUUCUCCGCCACCCGGAGCACCAACCACGAGCCGUCGGAGAUGAGCAACCGCACCAUGACCAUUUACUUCGACCAGGUGUUAGUGAACAUUGGCAACCAUUUCGAUCUUGCCUCCAGUAUAUUUGUAGCUCCCAGAAAAGGGAUUUAUAGCUUCAGCUUCCACGUGGUCAAAGUGUACAACAGACAGACCAUCCAGGUCAGUUUAAUGCAGAACGGCUAUCCAGUGAUCUCAGCAUUCGCAGGAGACCAGGAUGUGACCAGAGAAGCAGCCAGCAACGGGGUCUUGCUGCUGAUGGAGAGGGAGGACAAGGUGCACCUCAAACUGGAGCGGGGCAACCUAAUGGGCGGCUGGAAGUACUCCACCUUCUCCGGCUUCUUGGUGUUUCCUCUAUAAAUGCCGAGCCUGGGCUGGCGGGGAAGUUGUCAUCUGGACCCAGGAAUCCGCCCUCCCUACGCCCCUGAACUUGGCAGAACAGGACAUCUUGUUUCCAAGCUCCGUCUGACUGUCGCGAUAAAAGAAUGAUUUCCUUCCAAAUCUCUAGUAUUUUCUCUGACUACUGACCGUUCCUUGGGAACCUGGCCUCUAAUUAGUUUUGAGCGAUAAGGUCUUCAGGAGAAAUGAUACUGCGGAUCUGAGCAAUUUGUACCUGCGAUUGUAACGUCGAUCUGGGAUUUUGCUGUUGGGACCACUGCGAUUUCUUCUUUUGUAUGGACACCGUAUUGUUGUCCGGAGCGAGGAGUGCCCAGACCUCAGGAUGGAUUGCAGGGGGCCGGCCGCACUCAAAGCAAGAGGCCUGCAGGUCACCGCCCACUGGCCAGCCCGUGAAAUGUGUUCUCUGUGUGUCUGUUCAGCCUUAAGAAAAAGGAUGGCUUGGCUUUCAUUCUGUGUGUUUCCCUGGGAGAAUGGGAGGACUGGGGAGGGGGGAGGGCAUUGUGAUCCUGUCGGAAGUGCUUUAUCUGGAGAUGCGAGUUUUGCACGA